AUUUAAUGACCCUCUUUGCGUUUUCUCCUUCAUAUUCCUUUCACUAGAAUCAUGAUCAAAUUCUCCGAGCCAAUCAGAGACUCCCACGUGGCAGUUCUCGCGUUCUUCCCUGUUGGCGCUCAUGCUGGUCCUCUCUUAGCCGUUACUCGCCGUCUCGCCGCCGCUGCUCCCUCCACCAUCUUUUCUUUCUUCAACACCGCACGAUCAAACGCUUCCUUGUUCUCGGACGCAGAUCAUCCGGAGAACAUCAGGGUCCACGACGUCGCUGACGGUGUUCCGGAGGGAACCAUGCUAACCGGGAGUCCACUGGAGAUGCUCGAGCUGUUUCUCGAAGCGGCUCCACGGAAUUUCCGGAGAGAAAUGGCGGCGGCAGAGACGGAAGUCGGUAAGAAAGUGACAUCCAUGCUAACAGAUGCCUUCUUCUGGUUCGCAGCGGAUAUGGCUGCUGAGAUGAAGGCCACUUGGGUUGCGUUCUGGGCCGGCGGAGCAAACUCUCUCUGUGCUCAUCUCUACACUGAUCUCAUCAGAGAAACCAUCGGCGUCAAAGAUGUGCGUAUGGAAGAGACAUUAGGGUUUAUACCAGGAAUGGAGAAUUACAGAGUUAAAGAUAUACCAGAGGAAGUUAUAUUUGAAGAUUUGGACUCUGUUUUCCCAAAGGCUCUAUACCAAAUGAGUCUUGCUUUACCUCGUGCCUCUGCGGUUUUCAUCAGUUCCUUUGAAGAAUUAGAGCCUACUUUGACCCAUAACCUAAGAUCCAAACUUAAACGUUUCUUGAACAUCGCUCCUCUCACGUUAUUAUCUUCUACAUCGACACUAGUGCGUGAUCCUCAUGGCUGCUUUGCUUGGAUGGGGAAGAGAUCACCUGCCUCUGUAGCGUACAUUAGCUUCGGCACCGUCAUGGAACCGCCUCCUGUAGAGCUUGUGGCGAUAGCACAAGGGUUGGAAUCGAGCAAAGUGCCGUUUGUUUGGUCGCUUAAGGAGAAGAACAUGGUUCAUCUACCAAAAGGGUUUUUGGAUCGGACAAGAGAGCAAGGGAUAGUGGUUCCAUGGGCUCCCCAAGUGGAACUGCUGAAACACGAGGCAACGGGUGUGAAUGUGACACAUUGUGGAUGGAACUCGGUGUUGGAGAGUGUGUCGGCAGGUGUACCGAUGAUCGGCAGACCGAUUUUGGCGGAUAAUAGACUCAACGGAAGAGCAGUGGAGGUUGUGUGGAAGGUUGGAAUGAUGAUGGAUAAUGGAGUCUUCACGAAAGAAGGAUUUGAGAAGUGUUUGCAUCAAGUUUUGGUUCAUGAUGAUGGUAAGUCGAUGAGGGCUAAUGCCAAGAAGCUUAAAGAAAAACUCCAUGAAGAUGUCUCUACCAAAGGAAGCUCCUUUGAGAAUUUCAAAGUAUUGUUGGACGAAAUUGUGAAAUUACAAAAUAUUUGAAGACUAUAAUUGUGAUUUAAGCAGUUAUAGUCAAAUAAAUGUGCCCAUUCUAUUUUGUCAAAGUAACAAUGUUUCUAUUUCAAAGGGUUGUUGAUUUUCAUUGUUCUUGAUAUAUUAUUACUCUGUUAAGUACCUUUUUAAAUAAAAUAUUGAUGUCGAA